UUUUUUAGUCACUUUGGGCCGAGUUAUGUUCAUUCAAAUUUUCAGCCGUUGGGAGCGAUUGAGUAUAAGGCAUGGAGAAAUAAUAGAAAAAUUUCAGACAUUAUGAACAAAAAGAAAGUAGGCAGGCGGGUUUUUUGAGGAUGAAAAGAGAGAAUUUGCUCAUUUGCUCUAUAAUUCAAGUUAUAGCGUUCCAAAUUCGAAUGGCCAUAACUCGGCCAAAAGUCAUUUUGCAAGAAAACGGAAAUCACUUCGCAAUUGUGAGUGGGGUUGUUUCGUUGUAAGUGUUCCAACUUUUGAUUUGUCCGAUAUUUUAUUAUUUGUCCGAAAUUAAAAUUUGUCCAACAUUUAUAUCCAACUUUUUUUAUUUUUAUUUUAUAUCCAAUAUUUUUCCAACAUCUUAUAACAACAUUUUCAACAUUCCAACAUUUUUUUAUUGUUUCCUUGAUGUGUGUUCCAACUUUUGAUUUGUCCAACAUUUUAUAUCCAACAUUAUUUUCCUAUAUUUUAUAUUUGUGCUACAUUUUCUUUUUUUUUGUGGGUGUAAUUUUUGAUUUCAUCCAUAUUUCCUCAUUCUUAUAUUGUCUCACUACAGCAGAGUUGGGCCGGAAUUCCAUUUCCGACGUUUUUUUUCUUUCCGAUUUCCGAAAAAAAAUUUAA